AUGAAGGAGGUCGUCAUCGACGAGGCGCCCAAGUGCAUCAAGGGCCUAGAGUUCGGUGCGCUCGCCGCCAAAGACAUCGUGGCGCAGUCCGAGGUCGAGAUCACCACGCGCGACUUGUACGACCUCAACAAGGGCCGCUCGGUUUGUGACCACGGCGCUCUCGACACGCGCAUGGGCACGUCGUCCAACGCCGUGGAGUGCCGCACGUGCCACGGCAACUUGGCGCUGUGCCACGGGCACUUUGGCCACGUGCGGCUCGCGCUCCCCGUGUUCCACGUGGGCUACUUCAAGGCCGUGAUCCAGGUGCUCCAGUGCAUCUGCAAGACGUGCGGCGCGGUGUUGCUCGACGAGCAGGCCAAGCGGCUGUUUGUCGCGGACUUGCGGCGGCCGCACAUCGACAACUUGCGGCGCAUGAAGAUCUUGAAGAAAGUCACGGAACAGUGCAAGAAACAGCGGCGGUGCCUCGCGUGCCACCACGUCAACGGCGUGGUCAAGAAGGCCGCGUCCGGCGCCGGGCCCGCGGCGCUCAAAAUCGUGCACGACACGUUCCGCUACAUCGGCAAGAAAAGCACCCCGGAGAAGGAGCUCUGGGACCGCGAGUUCCAGGACGUGUACGCACGCAACCCGGAGUUGGAGAAGUUUGCCAAGCGCGUCAGCGAGGACUUGAACCCGCUCAAGGUCUUGCAUCUUUUCAAGCAGAUGGCGCCCGCGGACUGCGAGCUCGUGGGCAUCGACGCGGCGCGCGGCGGCCGCCCGGAAAUGUACCUCUGGCGGUACUUGCCGGCGCCGCCCGUGUGCAUCCGCCCGUCCGUGAUGAUGGACAACCAGUCCAACGAGGACGACUUGACCGUCAAGUUGACGGAGAUCGUGUGGACCUCGUCCUUGAUCAAGGCGGGCAUUGACAAGGGCAUCUCCAUCAACAACUUGAUGGAGCAGUGGGACUACUUGCAGCUCUCCGUGGCCAUGUACAUCAACUCGGACUCCGCCAACCCGGCGCUCCUCCCGGGCGGCAUGGGCCCCGGCGCGUCCGCCAAGAGCAGCAAGCCCAUCCGCGGCUUCUGCCAGCGCUUGAAGGGAAAACAGGGCCGUUUCCGCGGGAACUUGUCCGGAAAGAGAGUCGACUUCUCCGGCCGCACGGUCAUCUCGCCGGACCCGAACUUGAAGAUCGACGAGGUCGCCGUGCCAGACCGCGUGGCCAAGGUCUUGACCUACCCCGAGAAGUGCACGCGCUACAACCGCCAGAAGCUCCAGAAGCUCAUUCUCAACGGGCCCAACGUGCACCCGGGCGCCAACUACGUGCUCAAACAGAACGAGAUGGCCAAGCGCAACUUGAAGUUCGGUGACCGUGUCAAGCUCGCCCGCUCCUUGAACAUCGGCGACACCGUCGAGCGCCACUUGGAGGACGGCGACGUCGUGCUCUUCAACAGACAGCCUUCCUUGCACAGAUUGUCCAUCUUGUCCCACUACGCCAAAAUCAGGCCCUGGAGAACCUUCCGCCUCAACGAGUGUGUGUGUACGCCGUACAACGCAGAUUUCGACGGUGACGAGAUGAACUUGCACGUGCCUCAGACCGAAGAAGCCAGGGCCGAGGCCAUCAACUUGAUGGGCGUCAAGAACAAUCUCUUGACCCCCAAGUCCGGUGAGCCCAUCAUCGCCGCCACUCAGGAUUUCAUCACUGGUUCCUUUUUGAUCUCCCACAAGGACACCUUCUUCGACAGAGCCACCUUGGUCCAGCUCUUGUGCAUGAUGUCUGACGCAGACCUCCAGUUUGACUUGCCUCCACCUUCCAUCUUCAAGCCGGUAAUGCUCUGGACAGGAAAGCAGGUCUUCUCAUUGUUGAUCAAGCCCAACAAGAAGUCGAAUGUCGUGAUCAACUUGGACGCCAAAAACAAAACCUUCCACCCGCCUUCCAACGGAUGGCCCAACGAAAUGUCGCCCAAUGAUGGCUUCGUUGUUAUCCGCGGCUCCCAGAUCCUUAGUGGUGUCAUGGACAAGUCCCUUCUUGGUGACGGUAAGAAACACUCCGUAUUUUACACAAUCUUGAGAGAUUAUGGCCCCAGCGAAGCUGCCACUGCAAUGAACAGAAUGGCCAAGCUUUGUGCCAGAUUCCUCGGCAACCGUGGCUUUUCCAUUGGUAUCAACGAUGUCACUCCCGGCUCUGACUUGAAGAACAAGAAAGAGGUCAUGGUCGAGCAAGCGUACGCCAAGUGUGACGAAUUGAUCAAGUUGUAUAACAGCGGGAAGUUGGAGACUCAACCUGGUUGUAACGAGGAGGAAACCUUGGAGGCUAAAAUUGGUGGUUUGCUUUCCAAGGUUAGAGAAGAAGUCGGUGAGGUGUGUAUCAACGAGUUGGAUCCUCUCAACGCUCCAUUGAUUAUGGCUACUUGCGGAUCGAAGGGUUCCACUUUGAACGUGUCGCAGAUGGUGGCUGUUGUGGGUCAACAGAUUAUUUCUGGUAAUCGUGUCCCUGAUGGGUUCCAAGACAGAUCGUUGCCUCAUUUCACCAAGAUGUCCAAGUCGCCCCAGUCUAAGGGUUUCGUCAGAAACUCUUUCUACAGUGGGUUGAGUCCUCCAGAGUUCUUGUUUCACGCUAUUUCGGGAAGAGAAGGUUUGGUCGAUACUGCCGUUAAAACUGCUGAGACAGGGUACAUGUCGAGAAGACUCAUGAAAUCUUUGGAAGAUUUGUCUGCGCUGUACGACAACACUGUGCGUAACUCUUCGAAUGGUAUUGUCCAGUUUACUUACGGUGGUGACGGGUUAGACCCUAUGGAAAUGGAAGGUGAUGCCCAACCAGUAAACUUCAACCGUCAAUGGGACCAUGCUCUCAACAUCACAUUCGACAUCAAUGCCAAGAACUCCUAUCCAUACCAAAUUCUUGAGGCGGUUGAAGAUGUCUUGCAGCCCUUGGAAAAGAGACUUAUCCGUUAUGACAAUCUUGGUAAGGUCAUUCCUGCGGAAUUUGGCGAGAAUAUCCAAUUCAUUGAUCAGAAAGAUGCCGAGAGGUCCUUUUACAAAUCCAUCCGUGAAUAUGUGACCAAAAAGGCCACUCUAUUGGCCACAAUACGACAAAGUAAAGGAUUGCCUCCUAAAUUUUCAAGACUAGAAGAUAUCGACGAUAUGUUGCUAGAAGAAGAUCCCUCGAGCGUCAAUGCAGUCGACCAACUUUUGAAGAUCUCUCUUCCAUCCGUGAAAAAGUUCAUGGAGCAAUGCCUUUACAAGUACGUGAGAGCAAAGGUCGAACCUGGUACAGCCGUGGGUGCUAUUGGUGCACACUCUAUUGGUGAGCCUGGUACUCAGAUGACCUUAAAAACUUUCCAUUUCGCUGGUGUCGCUUCUAUGAACGUCACUUUGGGUGUGCCCCGUAUUAAGGAAAUCAUCAAUGCCGCAAAGGUCAUUUCUACACCCAUCAUCAAUUCCGUUCUUGUCAAUGACGACGAUGAACUCGCAGCCAGAGUCGUGAAGGGUCGUAUUGAAAAAACUUUGUUAAGAGAUGUCGCGUUCUUCAUUGAAGAUGUUUACAAAAAUGACAUGGCAUUCCUCUCCGUUAAAAUUGACACGAAGACUAUCGAAAAAUUGCAAUUGGAGUUGACGCUAGAUAAUAUCCGCGAGGCUGUGGCAAACGCUCCUAAGUUGAAGAUAUUGAACCAUGAAGUUUCUGUCUAUGGUAAGGACAGAAUCAACAUCCUUGUUACAAUGAGAGAGGCUAAGUCAGAGUCUCUAGCCCGGACCGCCAUUUCUGACUACAAAAACUCCGAGCGUAACAAUACUUUGUUUUUCAGAAUGCAACACUUAAAGAGAGCUUUGCCUGAUGUCGUGAUUAAAGGAUUGCCAAAUAUUUCACGUGCAGUCAUCAAUAUCAAAGAUGACAACAAAAAGGAAUUGUUAGUUGAAGGUUAUGGAUUGAAGGAGGUCAUGUGCACUGACGGAGUGAUUGGCACCAAAACAUCGACCAACCACGUACUUGAAAUCUGGCAAGUUUUGGGUAUCGAGGCCGCCAGAGCUUCGAUCAUCGGUGAAAUUGACUACACUAUGAGUAAGCACGGUAUGAGUGUCGAUCCCCGUCAUAUUCAGCUUUUAGGUGAUGUCAUGACAUACAAGGGUGAAGUUUUGGGUAUCACCAGAUUUGGUUUGUCCAAAAUGAGAGACUCUGUUUUGCAGCUUGCUUCGUUCGAGAAGACUACCGAUCAUUUGUUCGAUGCCUCUUUCUACAUGAAAAAUGACAAAAUCGAGGGUGUCUCCGAAUGUAUUAUUCUUGGUCAGACCAUGAGCAUUGGUACCGGAGCGUUCAAGAUGGUCAAGACUUCCCAUGUUGAAGAAAAACAUUUGGAACCUAAGCCCACGUUGUUUGAGAACUUGUGUCAGGUUCCAGUCGCAGCAUAA